GUAUCCCUUCAUUCAUUGUCAGCUUCCUGGAGCCAUUUUUGAGCUGGCAGGGCUGAGACUCGCGCUAGUUUCUAAUCCAUUGCAUCUGCCUAAAUGUGCUCUCAAUAUACUUUUAAACAUACAUAUAUCGGCAAAUAAGAUCAUAAUCUACUCGUUCAUAUCAAUAUUUUUGAAUUUGUCGCGGUGGAUUAGCUGAAAAGGGGCUUUAAACUAAAGGGACAAAGGGUACCCGAGCCCACAAAGAUGAGAAGAGGGAUCUCAUCAGCCCCGGAUAAAGUAAUAAUAGCAGGGGUUGGAGGCUCUUUAGAUAAAAAUGCGGUAUUGACAGCAUUGUCCGACCGGUUAACCCCUCAUUUUACAACUGCCACUUAUAUACAAAUUAUAACUCCACCGCCUUGCAUUACACAGACUUCAAAUGUCUGUUUGUCCGAACCUCCAGCUGGCAGUAUAUAUUCCACUCCAAACGGAGCAACAAACGGAGCCGGACAACGACCUACAUUAGGACGUCCACCGGCCAAGCGGAGGUUGGCGUUGGAUGAGUCGGACCACCAGUACCCCAUCGAAGGAGCCAGGACCCCCAGGGGAAAGGCUGGAGGAGCCUCCGGGCCAGGGCUCAAGAGCCCCAAAACUCCAAAGUCACCGGCAGAGAAGACGCGCUACGACACGUCGUUGGGUCUGCUAACGAAGAAGUUUGUUGAGCUGCUGGGCCAGUCGUCUGACGGCGUCAUCGACCUCAAUCAGGCUGCAGAGGUUCUCAAGGUGCAGAAGAGACGCCUCUAUGACAUCACCAACGUUCUGGAGGGGGUGCACCUCAUCAAGAAGAAGUCUAAGAACAACAUACAGUGGAUGGGCUGUAACCUGUCAGAGGAUGGGGGUAUGUUGACCAGCAGCCAGAGUCUGAGCAGUGAGCUGUCUGACCUGGGUCAGGAGGAGAGGAGACUGGACGAGCUGAUCCAGAGCUGUACCCUGGAUGUCCAACAGAUGACAGAGGCCUCGCACAGCCACAAGUUUGCGUAUGUGACAUACCAAGACAUCCGUCAGCUGCGCAACCUGAAGGACCAGACGGUCAUCGUGGUGAAAGCUCCCUCUGAGACCAAGUUGGAGGUGCCAGACCCUCAGGAGGGCCUGUCUGUCCUCCUCACCAGCACCAAGGGGCCUAUUGAGGUGUUCCUCUGUCCGGAGGAGAACAACGCCAGUAGUCCUGUGAAGAACGGCAGCCCGGAUGUCCAAGGAAACUCCUCACCUUUCCUCAAAGUGUCAGCAGAGAGUGCAACAGGCGGCAGCAGUAAGGACUAUGUCGCUCCAGCUCCCCCUGCAGUGAUGGUGACCAACCUGUCCCCCAUCACCUCUCCUUUCACCAGCCUGCUGCUGCAAACAGAGGACCAGAUCCCCUCCUCCCUGUCUGGGCUCCUGGAGGGCCACGGGGCCGGGCCCUUCGUCAACCUGUCCCCCCCUCUCCUCAACGAGGACUACAUGCUGAGCUUAGACGACAAUGAGGGAAUCAGCGAUCUGUUCGACACCUACGACUUUGACAAGCUGCCCCUGGAAGAACUCAUGUGUCCCUCAUACCUUCCUGAUUACUGA